AGGUUUUCAAUUUUCGGAUUCAGUAAUUUCUUCGAUUGAUUCGUCGAUUUCGGAUCCUCUCUGUUUCUUCUGAGUCCUUGAUCUGAUCUAUGAAUACCGCAAUGUCUCUGGAAAUCUCAGUUUCUCCAUAUAUUUGAUCUCAAUUUCUCCGUUUUCUUCUUCUUCUGUCUGAUCCUUAAACCAGCGGGGACCCUAAGCUUGCUUCAAUUUCCGAGUGCGAUCUAAUUCUCUGAGCUCUGGCUUGUUUAUUCUGAUUUUCUCGUUUGCAAUGGUGGUCUGCAAAUGCAGAAAGGCUACCAAGCUGUAUUGCUUUGUUCACAAGGUCCCUGUUUGCGGGGAAUGCAUUUGCUUCCCGGAGCAUCAAGUUUGUGUGGUCCGGACUUAUUCAGAAUGGGUGAUAGAUGGAGAAUAUGACCAGCCAAAGUGUUGUCAAUGCCAAGCAACAUUUGAUGAGGGGGAAGGUCAUCAAGUCACUCGGUUGGGUUGCUUGCAUGCUAUACAUACAAGUUGUCUGGUUUCGCUUAUCAAGAGUUUUCCUCCUCAUACUGCACCUGCUGGUUAUGUGUGCCCAUCAUGUAGCACACCUAUAUGGCCUCCUAAGAUGGUAAAAGAUGCAGGAUCUCGGCUUCAUGCUCUGUUAAGGGAAGUAAUUACGCAGACUGGUCUUGAGAAGAAUUUACUUGGGAACCAUCCAGUUUCUCGAUCCACCGAAUCUCGUAGCCCACCACCUGCAUUUGCUUCGGAUGCAUUAAUUAAUAUUUCAUCAUCUUCUCAUACACAAGAAGGGAAUAACCUGCCUGAUGGUUAUUCAGUAGCUGGAAACGGAGAAUAUUCCAAAGCUGCGGUUUCAGAGAUAGUUGAGAUAGAUGUUCCUGCUUCUGCUGGGAAUUACAUGAAAAGCUCAAGCCCUGGACUCGCUGCUGCUGCUGCACGGAAAGGAGUACCCGCUGUGGACAGGCAGAACUCCGAGACUCUAUAUUAUGCGGACGAUGAAGACGGGAAUCGUAAAAAGUACUCAAGAAGAGGUCCUUUCCGUCACAAGGUUCUACGUGCUUUACUACCUUUCUGGUCAAGUGCAUUACCAACUCUACCCGUGACUGCACCACCUCGUAAGGAUGCAACGAAGGGAGAUGAUGGUUCUGAAGGCCGUGUAAGACAUCAACGAUCAUCAAGAAUGGAUAUAAGGAAAAUACUAAUUUUCAUAGCUCUCAUAGCGUGUAUGGCAACAAUGGGGAUUUUAUACUACAGACUUGCACUACAGGCAAUUGGUCAAGAAGUACCCGAUGAGGAGCAGCGAUGAGGUAAUAUCUUAUCAGACAGGGGAAUAAGGCUGGCUCAACAUAUAUCAUAUACAUUCCUGCUUUAUCCAAAUCAAGUGGAAACCCUUUU